CAGCUGUCAGUGAAGAUAGACACAAGGCUCCUUGUUCAGUCAACAGACUCAACAGCAGGUAUUCUAAUAGAAAUUAAGUGAAUUCGCAAUGAAUUCUUCUUGGAUUGAAAUGAAUUUCAAUAACAUAAGCUUCAACCAGACUUGUGAUGUUUUCAUCUCUACAAAGCAUUCCCAAGUCUUGUAUCCAAUCUUCUACACUCUGGUGUUUCUGGUUAGCGUAUCUGGCAACAGUCUGGUCCUCUUGGUCACCUGUAAAAAACGGCAGAAAUUCAAUGCCACCUCUUUGUACCUGAUCAACCUAGCGCUGUCUGACACUCUGUUCAUCCUCGCCCUACCUGGAAGAAUUACCUACUAUGUAAGGGAAUUCGACUGGCCGUUUGGGGACCUCAUGUGCAGAAUAACCACAGUGGUGUUCUACACCAACACCUAUGCCGGCAUUGCGUUCAUGACCUGCAUCAGCCUGGACCGUUAUCUAGCCAUGGUUCAUCCGCAAAGACUGAUACGAUUCAGGAAGGUGGAAGUGGUGCGGACUGUGUGCAUGCUGGUCUGGCUUCUGGUGUUCCUCCAGACCGCUCCCCUGCUCUUCAGAACCAUGCUCGGCAGCAACAACGGGAAACGGACCUGCAUGGAAUACUUCAGCUUCGACGGAUCCCACUUAGUGCCUUACCUACUCCUUGCCGCCUGCACCAUCAGCUUCUGCAUCCCUCUAGGUCUGAUCGUUGGCUGCUACACCCAGAUAAACCGCAAGCUCUCGAGAUGUGGCAAGCAAAAUUCCAUGAUGGGCCGCACACAACGCAGUCACAGGGCCAAACACAUCACCCUGCUAAUCCUCUUCACAUUUAUAGUGUCCUUCAGCCCAUACCACAUCAAUAUCAUGCAGUUCAUGGUCCGUAAGUUGCUCAGACAGCCCACUUGUAAGGAACUGAGGGCUUUCAAGCUAUCUCUGCAGGUUACCGUUUCCAUGAUGAACCUCAACUGCUGCCUGGACCCAGUCAUCUACUUUUUUGCUAUAAAGACAUACAAACAAAGAGUUCUGAGCCUGAUUAAGGGUUACCGUAACACCUCUGUCCCAUCCACCAGAACUGUGCUUGAAUACAGCAGUAGUAACACAUAAGUCUCAUAUUAGACCAGUUGUUCUCCUUUCAUUACAACCUUAAUUAAAAAAUGCGAGUAUUUUUCUUGACAGAAGUAGAACAUAACAUUGUAAGCUUUUUUUGCAGAAUUAAAGGACAGCAUCAUGACUUUUCACUAAUUACCAUACACCUUGACUGCUUAAAAUGUAUACCCUUGAUCUGUAAAAUACGUAUUUUCAAACCUUUCUUUGUACAAUGUAUAUCCAGUAAAAAAAAAAAAAGAGACAAAUUGGUAUUGACAUGGAAGAGCAUUCUGAUAUUAAAAUAUUCAAAACAUGUCUUUUGAUUAUGUUGUAUAUUGGAGAUUUUAUUAUUUUGUGUGUCCUGUUCAUCCUGUUCAAUGUUUUCAUUCCUGGCUGCAUUUACUUCUAAGUCUGUAUAUUAUACCACCU